UCAGAUGCUGAGCGGAGCAGCGGAAGAGCGGAGGAGGGAGACGCUUUUCAGGGGGAAAUCACCACAGCUCUUUUUGAUAUCGCGUUUUUAAAACCCACUUUAAUGCAUAGAGAGGGAAUUCCCUCCCGUUACUGAUUAGCGGGGGAAGUGGUUUCCUGGAUGCAGACUGAGCGGAUUGCGGCAAUUUAAAGCGUCCUGACUGAUCGGAGCUCAGCAGCAGCAUCUCAUUGUAUGAAAUGCGUCACCGUGAUCCUGUUCUUCCAUUCACACACAUCGGCUCUCCACUCACGGACUGUUCCCCGAACUGACUGUUUCAUCAGGUAACCACAUGCGCGGGCCAGUGUCACCGCGCUGAGCCCGGAGAGCACGAAGGGUACCGGGGUCAGAGAAACACGAGUGGCCGGGAAAGGUGGACCGGAUGACGGCCAGAACCUCUGAGGCCUCGGGGCUGUCGGUGCCGCCGCACCGCUGUCACGGGGGUCUCCAGGCCGGUAACGGCACGUGCGCGGAGCAGCUCCACUUCUUUCCACCCCUCUCCUCCACCCUCGCGCUCCUCGUACUGGUGGCCGUGCUCGUGGGGAUCGUCCUCGUUUCCCUGGCAACCUUCCACUUCCACAAGAGGAAGCUCCGGAACAAGAAGAUCCAGCGCGCGCAGGAGGAAUAUGAGCGCGACAGUCGCAGCCCCGCGCGCGGCGCAGGGACGCGCGGAGAGCCCGCGAGGCCGUGCGUCAUCGUCCGAUCCGUGAGAUGUGAGGAGGAGAGGCUGUCGUGCCCCCAGAGUGCAGAGAGCCAGGACGCCACCGAGGUGCUGCACGAGACAGUUCACAUUGACUGUUAACUUCAGGGACUGUGGAAUAAACAGGAAAAGCAAUAAGGCACAAAGAGCUCCCCAUCUCUGCUGCUUGUAGAUUAGAAACAUUAACGCAGAAUACUGAGCAGAAUAGUCGGCAUAGAGGUAAAACUACAGUGACACAUAGGAUAGCUUCACACCUUCCUUAACACAAUAGUAUUUAGCCAACCGGUAAUUACUUAUGAGACUGUAUAAAGUAUUUGCCUGCUUUGACUUUUGGACCUCCUCCUCUUCUUUUGAAACCCUCAAAGAUGUUUAAACUUUAAAUCUUCCCUGGGAUGUGACACGAGGUUGUGUUGAAUUAUUAAGAGUUUAGUGACACAACACAGACCUUAAUGGCUCGCUGAUCUUCCUUGGCAUGUCUCUCUGACACACUACCAGUAUGUAGUUAGACUAUAAUGGAUGUUGUGGUGCUGUUAGGCAGUGCAAAGCUGCAUAUAGGCUGUAGAAAAUGGCUUAUUUGUUUGCGUAGUAUUUUUUCCUUCAAUUAAGUGACUUAGCUUAUUUGCCUAAAGUACUGUCCUCCAAUGUCUGUUAGACAUCUAGCUCUAGUUAGCCUGACAGACUUUUUGCUGUAGUAAUGCACAUAAUGUUUUUUUUAAUGUGUCAGAUAGUAAGUUUUAGCGCUAAUACAGUACUUUCCUUUUUGAGUAUUUAUAAUGUAUUCUCUGACAUGUAAUACGUUUAGAAUCCAACAGAGGGUUUGAGUUUAAGCCCAUGUUCUUUUUUCUCCUUUUUUAAUCCUUCAUAUUGUAUUAUAGUGGGCUUAAUAUCAAUUCUGUGUCAUUUAUUAUAUGAAAUCACUGUAAAUGUAUGCCAUUAUGAGAGCUGGAAUGUUUUACAGUAACAUCAUCUUUCUGGAGUUCAUAUAAUCUGCCUUAUCAAGGAAAAUAUGUAAUAUUCUAAGUUUAUAAAUAAAUACUUACAUUAUGUUAA